AAAUUACAAAACUUCUCCCGCGAGAUUUGCCGUCGAGACGAGAAUGUCAAGCAGCGAACAAGCGCCGGCGGCCGCAAACUCAGCGCCGCCGGACGACUCGCUCAGAAUGGCGGUGGCGAUCUCUCUUCUCCGAUCAAAGCGUCUUCAAAGAUCUCCUUCUCAGAAUUCCGACGCUCUCCGAUGGAAGCGAAAGGCCAAGGAGCGAAAGCAAGAGCUCUUGAGACUCCGGCAAGAUCUGAAAGAAGCCGAAGAUUCUUCACACUGCGACUUGUUUCCGCAAAGCGCAUCCUGCAAAUGCUAUUUCUUCGAUAAUUUGGGGAAACUCAGCCCUAAUCGGCUGCCGGAGGCUUCUCAGUGCAGAUUCAAUGACGUCCUGCGGCGCCGAUUUCUCAGACACGUGCGAUUCAAGGAGAGGAGGAGAAGAACCGCCGGCUCUUCUUCCCGGCGGUACCAAUUAUCAGACAUGAACAGUGAAGAUGAAAUGGAGCUGCUUAGGGCCUCAGUUGACUUUCUUGUGGAACUUUGUGAAACCGAUUCUCCGGUGGAGGAGGCUAGCUUUUUGAAUUGGUCACACCAAGCGGUAGAUUUUAUUUUAGCUUCGUUGAAGAAUCUGUUAUCAACUGGAAAGAAUGUAGACCUCAUAGAAGGAAUUGUCAGCAGCUUAAUCACGCGUAUGAUUACGAGGAUAUGUUGCCCCUUUCAAGGAAAUGCAGCAAAACAAUCAGACUAUGAUGGGCAGUUCUUCGUCCAACAUUUGAUCAGAAAACUUGGUACUGAUCCUUACUUUGGACAACGUGCACUUUAUGCACUUUCUCAGAGAGUCGCCGUUCUGGCAGAGAAUUUCCUUUUCACAGAUCCAUUUGAUGAAGCUUUUACAAACAUGCAUCAAUGCAUGUUCAUACUGAUCCAGCUUAUUGAGUUUUUGGUGUCUGAUUAUCUAUCAGUAUGGUCAAAGGAUGAAGGCUUUGAAACCGGGCUCUUUGAAGAGUGGGUGGCAUCAGUUCUUCACGCUCGUAAAGCAUUGGAACUUUUGGAAAGCAGAAAUGGGCUAUAUGCGUUAUAUAUGGAUCGAGUCAUAGGUGAGUUGGUCAAACAAGUAAGCCUUACCAUGUCACUGCAGAAGAUCAAACGUGAGAUACUAGAUAAGCUGUUCCACUGACCAAAUUUUGUAUGAAGACCUGGGAAGAUUAAAGACAUUUGUGGGCUCAAGCUGCACAUGGCUGAUGUUACCUCCAAUUGUGGGCUCAGGCUGACAUGGCAGGAAAGACCUGGGUCACAAAAAAUGGUGGCAUGAGGGAAACCCUGGCAAGACCCAAGCCCUUUUUUUUGUGGGUGUAAACUUGAUUUUUCUACUUGGGUCUUGUGAUGAUGUGAAUUAAGACUCAGGUCCUAAAAAAUGGAAUGGGUGGACUUGCUCUAAGAAAAAGAGUGAGAACUUCUUCUAGCGCUAGCAACAGCAGCUAUGUCAUCCAGAUAUUGCUGAGCAGCAUGGAUAGGAGGACUCUCAAAGAAGAUCAGACCAAGCUCAUGAUUGAUACUGUUUUUUGCUAAGAUAUCAGCAGUCAUAUUGGACUCUCUUCCUUUCUUCUGUUGGCGAGCUAUAUUUUUGAUUUCUUGAGCUAUAUAUUCUUACUCAGUGGCUUGACCUUUUCAACCUCUCAGUUUCACGUAAUCCCAAUGGGCGGUUUGAAAUUAGUCAUUGAAGUCUUGCUUGUGUGUGGUCUCAGGCAUCUUCCUUUUCUUGCCAAAUUGGUCAAUUUCCAAAUUCAUGACGCAUAUUUCUGUGCUACCGGUACACUAAUUUCAAUUCUUUGAAUGCUUCUCUAUAUCUUUCAAGCAAUUAUUUGUAGAGUCGUGUUUGUUUUGGAGGGCUAUAACUUUAGAUAAUUGUAGAAGCUUUAUUUUUUGGUCUACCGUAAUUGACAUCGUCUUCAUCUUGUCCCCUGUCCAUUUUUGUUUAAGGAGUCAAUUUAUUCAAGCGUGUCGAUUAAAUUACUAGUCCACCAUCCAGAUACUACCCUAUAACUCUAUAAGUAAUCCUCCGAUCCAUAUUCGUUUAUCAAACUACCUUUUGCUUAGUGCAGUCAUGAGUCCCAUGAAAUAUUCGGUUGCUCUCACACUCGUUAUUCUAUUAUUCUCUGUAUCUCUUCCAAGUUCAGCUCAUGAAAGCUUCAUGAAUCCACGUAGUGCGGUUCUUGGUCAGAAAAUGCAACACCCUGCAAAUAAUGAUCUUGGCAUGUUUCACUUGAAUAGGAAGCUUGGGAUUCACAUGAACUUGAUCCGUAAAGUUCCUAAACUACCUCGUCCCAAAGCAUCAGCAGCCAUUCCUAGUCAGCUGCCUUCUCUUGGUCUCUCUUAUUUUCUGUGUUUAUCCCUCUUCCUCUUUCUGUUGUAGGUCUCGGGAUUAAUUUUAUACCUGUAUUGUAAGUUUUUUUUAUCAAACCUGUAUUGUAAGUUGUAACACCGAAUUCAAGUAAAUUGAAAGAUCGUUGCUCUA